CCGUCCAUCCGUCAAGCGUGGCUCACCAAGGCACGAAAAGGUGAGCUUUGUUAAUUUUUUUUGUUUUCCGUGGUAUAUUUUCCUUAGAAGUUAAGUUUUCAAUAUCAUACAUUUUUGAAAUAUAAAAUUCGCAGUGUUAGUCUAAAAAAUAUAUUCGGAUUACAAGUGAAGAUCUAGGAAAAUGAGCAGCUCGGAGGAAGUCUCUUGGAUAUCGUGGUUCUGUGGACUGCGAGGGAACGAAUAUUUCUGUGAAGUGGACGAAGACUAUAUUAAUGACAAAUUUAACUUGACUGGGCUCAAUGAGCAAGUACCACAUUAUAGACAAGCCCUGGACAUGAUUCUAGAUUUGGAGCCAGAUGAUGACCUCGAUGAUAAUCCAAAUCAGUCUGACUUAGUCGAGCAAGCAUCUGAAAUACUUUAUGGGCUAAUCCAUGCUCGCUAUAUAUUAACAAAUCGAGGUAUUGGUCAAAUGUUAGAAAAAUUCCAAUCUGGCGACUUUGGGCAUUGUCCCCGCGUGUACUGCGAGUGUCAGACAAUGCUUCCACUUGGUCUGUCUGAUGUGCCGGGGGAGGCGAUGGUCAAGUUGUAUUGUCCACGAUGCAUGGAGGUGUACACUCCCAAGUCUUCGCGCCACCACCACACCGACGGCGCCUACUUCGGCACCGGCUUCCCUCACAUGGUGUUUAUGGUGCACCCGGAAUCGCGCCCUAAGCGCCCAGCCUCCCAAUUUGUACCUAGGUUGUACGGCUUCAAAAUCCACCCACUGGCAUACCAGAUCCAACAGCAGGCCGCCGCCAACUUCAAGCAGCCGCUGCGCGGUCUCUCGUACAACAACGAAACGAAGACCUCGAGUAACAUUCCAAAAUGAUUAUUUUCGUGUGGCGCGCGCAGUGGCCGCGGCCCGUCGCUGGGCGAGCGCGUGGGCGUGUCGGUGCGUGUAGGAGUGUGUCGACGGGUGUCGCAGUGUGUCGCAGCGUGUCGGAGUGUGUCGGCGCGUGUCGGGCCGUGUCCCCCGCUCCGACACACCCCGCGACGCUAGCGACACCCGCGGGCGAUCGGUGACGGACCAGCCCGAACAACUAAUGCAAACUAUACCCGACCUCCUAUAACUUUAACUAAUGAUAAUAAUAUUUAUUAUACGAUAACUCCUUAUUUAAUGAAAACUGAUUAAUGAAAGUUAUGUUUUAAUGCAAUAAAGUUUAUUUUUACGUUUUCUCUAAUACGGGUUUUAUUUGGUUACUGCCUAA